CGCCUACCGUUCACUGCGCGCACUCAUAUCAACACAAAGCUUGCGCUCGCGCUGGAGCUGCUCCUGAUAGUGUCCAGUACAAACCAAAACAAGGAUUUCAAGCUUUGUAAGUAGUUUAGAAAAUCGGGAAAUGGACCAGAAAGACACAGAAAUGAACGAAAAAGGAGUUUCUUCUUCUACCAGCGGAGUUGUUGUUCAAGUCAGGGAGAAGAAAGGAGCUUUACGGGCUGCCAUCCCCUAUAUGCCUUUCCCUGUAGCUGUCAUCUGCCUGUUCCUCAACACAUUUGUGCCCGGACUGGGUACAUUCGUCUCAGCCUUCACGGUUCUGUGCGGAGCGAGGACAGAUCUUCCUGACAGGCACAUGUGCUGUGUUUUCUGGCUGAACAUCGCAGCCGCCUUCAUCCAGAUCAUCACAGCCAUUGUCAUGGUGGGCUGGAUCAUGAGCAUAUUUUGGGGAAUGGACAUGGUCAUUCUGGCAAGCUACAGGGAGCAGGCCACCCCUCAGCAGCUCUGAUUGCUGUCCUCCAAACCUAAUGUUGAAUGUGCACCAUUCUCCUGUGCUGUCCGGCCAACACGAAUGGGAGCUUUGAGACAGCCCCCACAUGGCCUGGGAGAUCCAGGGGUUGAUCACAUGCAGAUUCUCACCCCAACUCCUGCUACUUCCUGUCAGGUACUGCGUUAAGGGCACCUGACUGCUGAGGGACAGCAGAAGAGCAUGACCAUUUGUGAAUAUCUCUAAAAAAACAUCUAUGUGCCGAACACGUCCGUUACCUGUCAGGGAAAACCGAUCUUAAUCGUACUCUUUAGUCUUAAUGUAUGUAUUAAAUUGACCAAUAUACACUAUGGACAUUUGCAGUUUGUAAACUAAAUAUUUGUUAAAAUGCUUUGAGGUAUCUAAUGAAGUAGCUGAAAGAAUCUUAAAGGAACAGUUCACCCAAAAAUGAAAAACUGUUAUUACUGUUCAUAUAAAAUAAAAAUGAAAACAUUUUUGGGUGAACUAUCCUUUUAAUAUUUUGUUUCCUACAGAGCACUAUGAAAACACAUUACACUGAAUAUUUAUAUGUCAUGUGCAUUACAGUGUCUCCAGUAUUUCUUUAUAGUGUGCUGUGUUUUUAUUACUCAAAUUAAGCCUUAUAAAUCAGAACGUGUGUAUUAUAUUCUGCACAAAUACAUCACUUGUUAUUGUCAGUCUAUUAGUCUUAAAUACCCAGAGACCAUCAGCCAAAAACAUAACCUUUUUGUCCAGUAAUUAUCUGUUGUUGAGUAAAACAGCCAAGUAUUGGUGAAUCAUGGUAGGCCUGUUGUCAUAGUGACCGGCCACUGUAAUCAACCCAUGCGUAGUGUAUAAAAUAAUGUAAUUUAGUGCAAGUUAUUUUUAUGUGACCAACCUAAGAGAAAGGCACGGCACAAAUUGAAAUAUUCAAACCACUGUGAUUUAAGUCUGACAUUGACAAAUUAAACAACAAUUUAAAAUGACUGCAGCAAGUGAGCAAGCAGAAUUUGUGCUCUUGCUAAGUGUGUGAUAUAUUCGGAAAAAAAUGUAAGCCCCAAAAAUAAGGGUCCUCUGAACUGGUUUGUAAUCUAAUACUCGCACUGAAGAGUCUCAUAUUUCAUUGAGUCUCUUUUUUGGAUGUUAUUAAUAGAUAUUAGCUGGUCUCUGGUGUGAAUGUAUGCUGUGAAUGUGUUUGAGGAUUUGUUGUAAAUAUGGACAGAAAGUGAAUUAGCUGUGUAAAGUUGUGUGCUGUUAUGGUUUGUGCUGCCUUUCAAAUACAAACAACAUAAUCCAAGUCCAAAAGCAUAUAUAUAGUACAGCCAAACAUAUGUUAAACACACUUAACACACUGAUAAGUGUCAGAAGUACCAUAUCUAAUAAAUUCUGCUUUUAAUACGUGUCA